CAGGUGAUCAUUUCGAGCAGUUACCUUUUAAGAGAAUGCUGUACGUGUUUGGUUACGAAUGAUUGAAAAGUGGCGGCUUGAAUUCUUCUUAAUUGUAAACAAUCUGUUUCCGGGUUUGGUGAAUUAUUGAGGUCUGAAACACCGGAGUAAUUUAAUUGUUGCAAAUAAACAAAAUGAGUGAUGGGCCGGCUGUCUAUGGCGGUAUUGAAGGGGGAGCAACGCACUCUAAGAUGGUACUGAUGUCAGGUGAUGGAGCUAUACUCACAUGGUCAGAGGGGCCAAGUACUAACCACUGGUUAAUAGGAGUUGAGGAAUGUCUUGUCCGCAUCAAUAAUAUGGCCGUAGAGUCCAAGAGGAAAGCUGGACUGGAUGUAGACAAACCACUCAAGUCAUUGGGUUUAUCACUAAGUGGCGGGGAGCAGGCAGGCGGAAAGCGAAGAGUUAUUGAAGGAAUGAAAAGUGCUUAUCCUAACGUCAGUGAAGCCUAUCAUAUGUGCACAGACACGUUUGGUGCAAUAGCAACAGCUUGUGAGGCAGGUGGUGUCGUAUUGAUUAGCGGCACAGGUUCCAACUGUCAACUUAUCAAUCCUGAUGGACAGAAUCAUGGCUGUGGAGGAUGGGGCCAUCAGAUAGGAGACGAGGGCAGUGCAUACUGGAUCUCCUUAAGAGCUGUUAAGACAAUUCUUGACGCUGAAGACAACAUGAUCGAACCUUCACAUGACAUCACAUACGUCAAAAAAGCCAUGCAUAGCUUCUUUGGGGUAUCGGAGAGUUUUGGACUCUUAGAUCACUUCUACACCAAUUUUGACAAGACUAAGAUUGCUGGAUUCUGUAUCGUCAUAGCCCAAGGUGCGGCAAAAGACAAGGAUCCUUUGUGCAUGGAGUUAUUCUAUGAAGCAGGGGAGGUCUUAGGACGUCAUAUCCUCGCUGUCGCACCCAAGUUAGACCAGACCCUUCUUAAUGGGCCAGAGGGACUUAAAGUUGUUUGUGUUGGCUCUGUGUGGAAAAGCUGGGAUCUUCUAAAAGAAGGGUUCUUACAAGGAUUGAAACCUCACCACAAGAAAAAUGUAGAAGUAAAACACAUAACGUUAGUCAGUUUACUUCAGUCGUCCGCAAUCGGUGCAGCUAGACUAGGUGCCAAGUCGAUCCAGUGCAAGCUUCCCGUCGAUUUCAAAUCCAACGUCAACGUGUUCUUCACAAAAAGUGAGUAACGAAAGUAUUAAUUGUAGUUGUAGUAGUAGACAGCAACUCAAGCGGUCCACAAGAACUGCCUGGUUUUAAAGGCAGUGGACACUAUUGGUAAUUGCUCAAAAUAAUUAUUAGCAUAAAACCUUACUUGGUAACGAGUA